GUGGGGAAGUUGAGUUGAUGCUAGAACGUGAGCUUAACUGCGUCUGUGUUUGUGUGCGUGUGUAUUAUAUACAUGUAUAUAUAUACACACAUAUAUAUAUAUAUAGACACAUGUCUGGCAUCACACAAGCUUGUCCUCAGUACUUCAGAACAGGACUUUCCUGAUUCACUUGUUUGUUGGUUAGCUUAAAGACUCAACUCACUGUCUCAACUUUUUCACUCUUCAGCCAUGGCUGUGGAUUUCAAAGUCAUGAAACCAUUUCCACACCUUCUGGAGACUUUUAACCGGACACUGCAACAAGUCAGGAAAAUUCACAGUGAUGCCCAAAUGCUGCGACAAACCUAUAGUGAGAAACAAGGACUAACUACAGAGCUGCCAAUUGAGACAGAUGGUAUCCCUAAAGCAAGCACUAGCCAAUGGAAUCUACUCACAGAAGGAGAGCGUCUAAGGGCCAACUUAACAGCAUACCAGACUUUUAAGACUUUGUUGGAAGAUAUUCUGGAGGAGCAAAAAUCAAACUUCACCCCACUGGACACAGAGUUUCAUAACUCAAUCGGUUCCAUCAUCAGCCAAGUGGAAAUGCUGAUACAUCACAUAGAGGAAAUUAUGCUUUUACUAGAGGUUCCAGUGAGCCCACCCAUCAAAAGUGAUAAACACAGACCUAUGAGCCUCUUUGAAAAGAAGCUGUGGGGUUACAAAGUUCUGUUGGAGCUCUGCCAAUGGACAGUAAGAUCAGUGCGGGACUUUAACCUACUGAAAAACAAAAGGAAAGAAGCACAACACUUUCGAGUUGAUAUGCUUGCCAUUCGAGCCAAUAAAAGGCUGUCAGGGACAGGAUUUCAGUAAACAUACAAAUUACUGCCUUUGACUUAUUUUUUAUAGUAAUUCAAUUUUUUUUCAUCCCAAGCUUCAGCCCACUAGACUUACUUGUUACUCUAUUCUCUUUACUGCACUCCUCCUUUCUGUAAUGACUGUCAUGUCAAGGUGUUAUAUCAGUGUGAUGCCAAGUCAGGAAGUAAUGUUGUAUUUUAUCUAUAAAAUCUCACCCAUAUGUGGCUCUCUGAAAGCAAUGGGAUGUUAAACAUUCAUGCUCCCAAAAACGCCACUAUAGGCUAGCCAAUGUGUGUUUUACAAACACAGCCUCCCCCCUGCCACUAGGGUACAGUGCUAUCUUAAGAAUUACCCAUUUGCUCCUUCUUUCAGGAUGAAAGAGUUGACCACUGACCAUAAUACCCUCGUGGCUGACCCUUAGGGAAUCAUUCAGUCAAAUCAAUCCUAGUCAAUGGCAGAAUAUGUGGGAAUGAAACCCUUACACCAGUGGACUAGUUAUCAUCAUGUUAAAGCAGGACAUGACAGCAAAUUCUGUCUUUUAACACAAAAUAGCUUUCUAUUAAGAAACCUACCCUUGUUGGUACCAACUUGCAGUGAGCCCAAACAUGUUAAGAAUGACCAGUUCCAUUUAUGCCAUCUUAUUAGAGACCAACCAAAGUACGUUCUACAAGCACAAAAGCAGUUUCUUGGUCACCAUGAAGAUAUAAUGUUAAAAGAAGUGUCUCUAUCCUUAUAUAAAGCAACUGACUAAUAGUUUCUGUAUCAUACAACCACAACCUGCUCUACAACACAAGAACACUAAAGGAAUACUAGUUGGUAAUCAUUUGAAAUGUUGGGCCCCACUACAGCAAGUAACAAAAUGCGGAGACUGAAUGACUGAAAGAAUAGGGUUACAUAUACUAAGUACAAGAUACUACUUCUUGGAAUAUUCUCUUAUCUCUGAUGUAUGGUGAUCUCGGAGUUGGUAUAUAUAAGUUUGGGAUUGGGGGGGCUUGCUAAUGCUGCCAAAAAGAAGUUUUAAGUAAAAGAGAGAUUUUCGAUAUUCGCUCUUCUCCUGUUUACAGAA